AUAGUCUCGGCUCCUCCCCGCCGCUGGCACAGCGGGUGGCUCCUCUUCCGGCGCGGAGCGCGGCGCGUUCCGGCAGCGGCGGCGGGCAGGGAGCUGCUGCGUCAGGGCCUCCGCCGGCCUGCGGCCAUGGCGGGCGACGCCGGCGGCGUCUACCGGCUGCGCUGCUCGCUGCCAGGCCACCAGCAGGACGUGCGCGGCCUCGCCCGAGGCCUCUUCCCCGACGGCGGCUUCGUCUCCGUGUCCCGGGACCGCACCGCGCGGCUCUGGGCUCCCGACGGUCUUAACAGGGGUUUUACUGAAAUGCACUGUAUGCGUGGCCACUCAAAUUUUGUAUCUUGUGUGUGCAUCAUACCUCCAAGUGACCUCUAUCCUCGUGGGCUGAUUGCAACUGGUGGCAAUGAUCAUAAUAUUUGCAUUUUCACAGUUGACAACACAGCUCCUCUUUAUGUCCUUAAGGGUCAUAAGAACGCAGUUUGCAGCCUUUCAUCUGGAAAAUUUGGCACGUUAUUAAGUGGAUCAUGGGAUACAACAGCCAAAGUCUGGUUGCAUGACAGAUGUAUGAUGACAUUACAGGGUCACACAGCUGCAAUAUGGGCAGUAAAAAUACUGCCGGAACAGGGAUUAAUGUUGACCGGUUCAGCUGACAAAACAAUAAAGCUGUGGAAGGCAGGCAGAUGUGAAAGAACAUUCACUGGACAUGAAGAUUGUGUGAGAGGUUUAGCCAUUCUCAGUGAAAUGGAAUUCCUUUCCUGUGCUAAUGAUGCUAGUGUUCGAAGAUGGCAGAUCUCUGGCGAGUGUCUGCAGGUGUAUUAUGGACAUACAAAUUAUAUAUACAGCAUAUCUGUUUUCCCUCAUUGUAAAGAUUUUGUAACUACUGGAGAGGACAGAUCUCUUAGAAUAUGGAAACGAGGGGAAUGUGCUCAAACAAUCAGACUCCCAGCUCAGUCUGUGUGGUGCUGCUGCGUGUUGGAUAAUGGUGACAUUGUAGUUGGUGCAAGUGAUGGAUUUGUAAGGGUGUUUACAGAGUCUUUGGAAAGAACAGCAAGUGCUGAGGAGAUUCAAGCUUUUGAAAAUGAACUUUCCCAAGCAUCCAUUGACCCUAAAACUGGUGAUUUAGGGGAUAUUAAUGCUGAAGACCUUCCUGGAAAAGAACAUCUUAAGGAACCUGGAACAAGAGAUGGACAGACACGGCUCAUUAAAGACAAUGGGAAAGUUGAAGCAUAUCAGUGGAGUGUUAGUGAAGGAAGAUGGAUAAAGAUUGGUGAUGUCGUUGGUUCUUCUGGAGCCACGCAACAAACAUCUGGAAAGGUUUUAUUUGAAGGAAAGGAGUAUGAUUAUGUUUUCACAAUUGAUGUAAACGAAAAUGGACCUUCCUACAAACUGCCGUAUAACAUAACUGAUGAUCCUUGGCUGACUGCAUACAACUUCCUGCAAAAGAAUGAUCUAAAUCCAAUGUUUCUGGAUCAGGUGGCCAAGUUUAUUAUGGACAACACUAAGGGGCAAACACUGGUGAAUACAAAUACACAAUUUUCAGAUCCCUUUACAGGUGCUGGACGUUAUGUUCCAGGCUCUUCAUCUGGAUCAAGUACGGUACCCGGGGCAGAUCCAUUUACAGGUGCUGGGCGCUAUGUUCCUGGUUCCGCAUCAAAUGCAGUAGCUCCAGUGGGUGGGAUUGAUCCAUACACAGGCAUGGGCGCUUACCAAUCUUCUGCAGCAAAAGCUGAAAAUAUUUAUUUCCCGAAGAAAGAUGCUGUCACCUUUGACCAGGCCAAUCCUACACAGAUAUUGGGCAAACUAAAGGAACUUAAUGGUACUGCAACUGAAGAACAAAAGCUUACAGAAGAUGACUUGAUAAUGCUAGAAAAGUUAUUGUCUGCAACAUGUAAUACCUCUGCAGAAAUGCCUACUGCACAACAACUUCAAACGUUAUGGAGAGCAGUUAACUGGCCAGAAGAUAUUGUCUUUCCAGCCCUAGACAUUCUUAGAUUGUCUGUCAGGCAUCCCACUGUGAAUGCGAACUUCUGUGGUGAAAAGGAUCAUGUGCAAUUUAUCCACCUUCUCCUCAAAUUUCUGAACCCUAAAGGAAAGCAAGCAAACCAGCUGUUGGCACUUAGAGCUCUUUGCAAUUGCUUUGUCAACCAGGCAGGCCAGAAGCUCUUGAUGGAACAAAGGGAUGAAAUAAUGACCCAAGCAAUAGAAGUGAAGUCAGGCAAUAAUAAGAAUAUCCACAUUGCACUUGCCACACUGACAUUGAACUAUGCUGUAUGUUUACAUAAAGUCAACAACAUUGAGGGCAAAGCUCAAUGUUUAUCAGUAAUCAACACAGUUAUGGAAGUUGUUCAAGAUCUUGAAGCUGUUUUUAGACUGCUUGUGGCUCUGGGGACGCUAAUCAGUGAUGAUACAAAUGCUGUGCAAUUAGCUAAGUCUCUUGGAGUUGACUCCCAAAUAAAAAAAUAUGCCUCUGUAUCAGAACCGGCUAAAGUAAAGGAAUGCUGUAGGUUUGUUCUUAAUCUGCUGUAAUUGUUUUAAUUAGCACUUGGGAAAUACAGUGUAUGCAGAAGAAAAGAUGCUUUUGUUCAUAUUUUGUGACAGAAUAUAACUGAGAAAAUACUGUGGAUGACUUAAACUUGAUUUGUUGUGAGUUACAGAGCAAAUAAAACUUUUUACACUGUUUUUCAUUUGACUGCUUUUCUGAAGUCUGCAGUGCACAGGAUCUUUGUAGGAAGCCCUUAUGUUGUAGCUCAGAUUGAAAUAGAUCUGCAAGUGCUUAAAGGUCAUCUAGAUGGAAAUCUAAGAAAUGGCUGUGAUCCAGUGAUACCAUCUCACCUGCACCCAAGCCAAGUUUCUCCAUUUCAGUGUAAGGACUGUUUCUUGACCAUGAUGUUUGGCAGCAGAGAAGGAGCCCUGAGAGCUGUUAAGUUCAAUGGUGCUCUUCAUCACUUUACUAGUUAUCACUGGCUGUAUUAACUCUGGUCAAAUAUGCUAGUAAGGAAGUGGCAUUCAUGUAAUUUUCUAUCAGCUUUUUUCUACUUCCUUAUAAAACCUAAUAUGGCUCUUCCUGUAUCUUUUUUUUUUAAACCUAGAAAUAGGUGGCUUUUUGAGGGGUAGAACAUUGAACUGAUGUAUAGACAUAGUGCUUCAGUGAUAAGUGAAUAUCUUGUUUGCAAAACUUCCUAAACCUCUACAAGUCUUUUACACGACUUCAGCUUUUAAUGCACAGGAACAUCUUAUUAGUAUAGAAACAGUCUUAUUUUAAAGUAUGGCAGAAUAUAUUUAGACAAUAAAAAAUGGGUUACAUAGAGAGUGGGAGGGGAAACUUAGGUGUAGAGUACAGACAACUGCAGAAACUAGAAAUGUGAAAUUAAAUUUUAUGAAGUAGCUUUAACACAAUACCUGUGGUGAAUUUGAAAAGGGGAAAUAUUUUACGGGUCUUCCAGCAGAUCUAAGAUGUUCACUUCAAAAAGGGGAUAUUAUUUUUUACUAGUCAUUCCAACUCUAUCUGCUUAAAAUUUAGUAAGAUUACUAGUGACAAUUUCUGUUUUCCUAUGCAUAUUUUUGUGCCUGAAUGACUGAAAAACUGCAAAACUGCUUAUGUUACACUUUUGUUUAGGGUUAAGAUAAAGCUAGGAUGGUCAAUGUUCCGCAUGUCUUCUAACAAAAAAAAAAAAAAAAAGUCUUAAGUUGCAUUUUUAGUUAGACUAAUGGAUGGGAAACAUGGAAAAAUGGAUAAGUUUAUCUGGCAUAUGAGCUCUUCAUCACAAUACUUGUCUGCAUCAGCUGUGCCAGAUAUGAAAGGUAUUGUGACCAAGAGCUUUUUUUUCCUCAAUCUCCACUAAAGUAUGUGAAUUAGUAUGUUACUUCCAGCAAACCUUGUUUGCCAGAUCUAUAUAUAUACAUACUCAGCUCCGUAGUUGCACUCUUGUGUCAUUACAGUUCUGAUGGAUUUUCAGAUACGUAUCCUUGUCAACAGCCUUGAUCAUGGCCUUAACCACCAUUUUUCAUGUUUGAUCCAUUGUGGGCUCAAGCGUGAGGCACUCCAUGACAUUAUUCAGGAUUUACAGUGAAAUAGAAAUAAUAGAAAAACAAACAAA